AGAAGAAAGAGGCAGAAACGGAAUUAAUGAUGAAACCACCACCGAGGGUUUAAGAAACGGAGGGCCUGGAGCACUACACUGCUGCGAAAACUUCUCAUUUCAAUCUCUCUCGCUCUAGUCUUUCGAUGGAGAGCGUGCGGGUUCGUUUAGAUUUCAAGCACCGGGAUGUUCUGAACAAGUCGCAGUUGAUGGAGGGACUGAUGCGAAGCUGGCUUCUCCUCAAACCGGAAAUGGAGACCAUCUCCGGCCUCGCCGCUUAUCUCCUUCACACAUUCGACCUCUACGAUUCUUGCCCCCGCGGCCUCAUCCUCUCCAUGGAUGGCUUUGUGUUACCACCUUUUGAGUCAACUUGUAUUUUAAAGGAUAAAGAUAUAGUGUGUGUGAAAAGGAAAGGGGAUUCAGUGGUGGAUACUAUCCAGGCAGGUGAAGGACUGGACUCUCUCGAGGUAGAUGAGAAUGUGGAGAAGCAAUCUUUGCUUGAAGGUCUGAAGCUUUUGGCAAAUGAGGAAUUUGAAAAGGAACAUAAUGAAAAUGAUGACAGUGUACAGGAGUACAUGGUUACCAGAAAAAGGAAGGCAUCCAAGAAACUUCAGGGCUCAAGGAGGAAGAAAAAUAAGGUAGCUACUACUGGCAAAUGUUCAGUUGUUUUAGAAGAUGAUCAGAAAGACAUCCAUGCAGAGGAGAAUGGAAGCCUUCAUCAAUGUGGAGUCCUCCCCAAAAAGAGUGUCAAGAAGGAUAAGUUAUUCAGAUUACCUGUUGAACAGGAUAAGUCAAGUGUCCCGGAAAGUGAUAAAAGAAGUAAUGACACUACUAAAUCUGCACCCAGUGCAAAGAGGUUCUGCCAGCUUGAAGAAAAUGGUGAAGAAAGUGUCGAUGCAUCCCAUAAGCCUUGUGAAACUAAAAAGAUCCCUAGUAGGAGUGCUCGGCGUAAAAAGGCAAAGCGGCUAUGGUUGAGGGAACAAGACAAUGCCGAGAAGAAAAAGCUACAUCAAGGGCAAACACUCAAAAGAGAUGAUGAGCAAUCACCUGUCAAAGAUAAUCAGAAAUUAUUUGAAGAACCUCAACAACCAGAUGAAAAUAGUGAGGAAGAGGAUGAGGUUGUCCCAGUAGUAAUUAGGCCAGGACAUAUUCGAUUUGAGCGUCUUGAUAAAGUUAGAGAUGUCCAGCAAUAUCAAACUCCAAUGGAGAGUUUGCAGUGGAAUGGAAUAACCAGCAAAAGAAAGGGUCAAAAAUGGGGUUUGGAGAAAGUUGCUUAUUACAAAAGGAAUGAUCAUGUGAGUUCAAAUGAAGAGAUUGCUGAAAUGGUUACUGCUGAAGAAGCACCUGCAAAAAAUCCCACAGAUUUUGAUAAGCUUAAACCUUAUACUAGCUCACCUAAGGAGAGUUUGCAGUGGAAUGGAAUAACCAGCAAAAGGAAGGAUAAAAAAUGGGGUUUGGAGAAAUUUGCUUAUUACGAAAGGAAUGAUCAAGUGAUUUCAAAUGAAGAGAUUGCUGAAAUGGUUACUGCAGAAGAAGCACCUGCAAAAAAUCCCAUAGAUUUUGAUAAGCUUAAACCUUAUACUAGCUCACCUAAGAAAGGUGAUGUAGUUGCGUAUCGCUUGAUUGAGUUAUCAUCAUCAUGGACCCCCGAGCUUUCCUCCUUCCGGGUAGGAAAAAUAUCAUGGUAUAACCCUGAAUCCAAUUGGAUUUUGCUGGUUACAGUUCCAGAAUAUCCAAUUGAUUUUGAGAAGAUAACUGAGGAGCCAUCUGCAGCACAACCUGAUACAUCCCUUUAUGGGGAAGAUGGGUCUUUAAAGAUAAAUUAUUCCUCUCUCGUCGAUAUCCGCAUUGUCAAAUAUGGGAACUUGGAUACAACAGAAGUCACUGGUGAGGUUAUUGAAGUUCCUGCGGGUAAUCAAAUUCCAGUAUCAUGUGUCGCGGCCAGCACCCCCGUCCAAGCCCCUAUCCCGGCACGAGAAAAUGGAGAAGUAAAUGCAUGGGAUGAAAUUGGUCAAGCUUUGAAUGCAAAGAAGGUCCAGCUAUCUGAGGAGGAUGGUUGGAGGAAGGAAGAGAGUUCAGGCAAGAGUGGGUGGUCCUAUAGGGCCUUGAGAAGCAGUGCACUGGGCCCAACAAUGGCACGUUUGAGAGCGCAAAAUGGACUAUGAG